CUGCGCUUCGCACCAACGCUACCUAGAAAGUGGCACGCGCGCGCGAACGUCUCGUCUCUUCUCUCGCCGGCCGCUAGUAUUUAGGACCACGCUCCAUCGGCCUCCCGCUCAACAAUUCCCUCUGCCUGCCUCUCUCGAGUCGUCGCUCGCCUAACCUUGGCACUGCUAGCUGUGAUCGCCAUUCUCAAACCCACUACCCUAGCAAGCUAUAUAUUCUCGCCUAUCCAUUUCAUCUUCUUUCUGAUCACCCCAUUCUGCAAUUCUCUUCUGAGAGUCAGUCGAGGCGCGGCAGCAGGCAUGUCGAAGAAGGUUGUAGUGAAGCUGGAUCUGCAUGACAACAAGGACAAGCAGAAGGCCAUGAAGGCCGUCUCCGUGCUAGUCGGCAUCGACGCCAUAACCAUGGACCUGGCGUCGCGCAAGAUGACGGUGAUCGGGACCAUGGACCCGGUGGACGUGGUGAGCAAGCUGCGCAAGGGCUGGGCGGCCUACAUCGAGUCCGUCGGCCCGGCCAAGGAGCCCGAGAAGAAGGAGGAGAAGAAGGAGGAGGCCAAGAAGGACGGCGACGGGGCGGCCAAGAAGGAAGACGGCGAGAAGAAGGGGGAGGGGGACGGCGGCAAGAAGGAUGGCGACGCCAAGAAGGAGGAGGGCGAAGGCAAGAAGAAGGAAGGCGACGGCGACAAGAAGGAAGGUGACAAGAAAGAGGAGGGCGACGGGAAGAAGGACGAGGCCAAGAAGGACGACGGCGCCGGUGGCGAUCAGAAGAAGCCCGUCGCGGUGUUCCCGCAUCACAUGCCGUUGCAGCACCAGAUGCCCCCACCGUACAUGUUCAACGCCGACUACAUGAUGAACCAAUACCGGCCGCCGCAGCCGCCGGCAGCAUACCAGCCACCGUACGUGCCGCCGCAGUACUACUACGUCCGGAACAUGAGCAUGGAGGAGAACCCAAACUCGUGCGUCAUCUGCUGAUUAUUAAGGCCGGCCGCAUGCGCGCGUAUAUACGUACGUGCUAGCUCCCGUCCCUAGCUAGCUCACCUUGCGAGAGGUGAUCGAUAAUCAUCAGUGUAUAGUGUAUCUCGAUCUUUUUACGAGACCAACAACAAUGUUUGCAAAAAAUGAAAUGAGUACGACGACGUAUACGUACAUAUAUACGUACUGCCA